AAUCCCUCAUUCUCGCGUCUCUGCAAAAUUAGGGUUUUGGCCUCUCUCUCGCCUAUCGCCGCUAAACUCUUGCGUCUCCGUCAGCCUUCAUCCGUCAGCCUUCAUCUACAGAAUGGAUUCUCAGAUUAAGCAUGCUGUGGUGGUUAAGGUCAUGGGUAGGACUGGUUCAAGGGGUCAGGUUACUCAGGUUCGAGUGAAGUUUACCGACUCUGAUCGUUACAUCAUGAGGAACGUUAAAGGACCGGUGAGGGAAGGCGAUAUCCUCACCUUGCUCGAGUCUGAGAGAGAAGCUAGGAGACUCCGUUGAUGCGUCUUUGGUUCUUCUUCUUCUUCCUACUCCAUAAUGCGGAAACAAGAAAACAUUUUGGUUAUUUUCUCUUUUGCUUUCUAUGAUUGGAUUAGUGGAUUAUGCUUUGGAGUCUUAAUUUCGUUGUUGCUUUAAGACAAUUGCCGGAUUGAUAAGUGUGUUAUGGUUCUUUGGUAUUCCAAAUCUCUUGCCCCUU